CCUCAUAAGGUGUAUUUAUUUUUAAAAUUGAAUAGGUAUUAUAAAAAUACAGUUGUGUUGUAGAGCCAUAGAUUGUUUAUGCAUAAAUUUGAAAGUGCUGCAAUGGAAUUCCAAGCAAAACUGUGUAUUAUGUUUGUAGGAAUAAUUUGUUCUACUCUUCUCCAGCUUCUUGACAGUAGGAAGCUGGAUGGUUAUGCGUUCCCGGUGUAUUCAACCGAGUUUUGUCCAAGAAACAGGUCAGAGUGGGAACAAAGGUCAUCAGCCAUCAGCUGUACAGACAACAAUGGAUACAUGUGUCUACCAAACGAAAAUCGCACUGAGCUGUUAGAAUUCUGCUAUCUAUAUCGCCAAAUACUGAUUGAAAAUGACCUGUGUCUAUUUUUAAUCAAACGCUACUCAAGAGUUGACGCACACAACUGCAGAAAUUUUAGGUAUGGAUGCCCUGACUCCACUUAUUUCUCCUCUGAAAUCUUUAAAUACCCAAGUUGUAGUCAGAUUGAAAAUGGUUGUUUUUUGGCAGAUUCAACAUGUAAAAGCCAUAUACCUGAGGAAAAUGUUCAGAAUGACAGUAGAACAACAACUUAUCCUCAGGAAACAACAGAAUUUAUGGAAGAAACAACAAUAUAUAGAAAUGAAACGACGUUACAUAUAGCAAUACAGAAUGCUCAAAGCAACGACAGACAUUCUUUGGUCACAUUUGCUGCUUUCUUAGGAGUUCUCAUUCCUAUAAUUGUCACAUUCGUGCUGUAUAUUUUCUAUAAAAAAAGAAGGUCAACACGAUAG